AAACGCAAGAGGCUCUGGGGGGUGAGCGUUCAACCUAGAAGAUAAGCGAUUCCAAGAAAUUUUCCACUUCUACCCACGAAAAAUCUAGCGGGAAAGUUGGCGCCUUGCAUCUCCAAUCCAUAUAGCCGCGAUUUAACUGCAAAAAUUAGGGUUUAUUUGCGCAGUGAGUUACUCCAUGGAGGAAUCCAAUUCUUUGCAACGACAUCAGACUUGUCAAUCGUCCGAUUCACCCGACCGGGAAACAUAUUUCGUUCCACCACGCAGUGAAUUAAAUAAUUACGUGAAGUAGUAGAUCCUUCGGCAUCAGAUUUGGCAGAAGUUUUAUCUUUUGCUGAUUUAGCAACAGAAAUGGUGUGUGAACCCUGAAUGGGAGAGAGGAAGUGUUAUUAUUUUUUGUAAUAUAUGCAAAAAGGAACUAGAGGCCGGUAAUAGAGCGGGAGGUAGCUUGAAGAAGUUUGCAUGGGCUAGCAUAGCCACUAAGUUCAAAAAUGAGACAGGACUAACCUAUGAUACCUCGCAAAUGAAACACAAAUGGGAUACAUUAAAAAAGGAUUGGAAAAAUUGGAAGCACCUGAAGAGACUAGCAACUGGAUUAGGGUGGGACCCACGCAAAGGCACUAUCGAUGGUACAGAUGGUUGGUGGGAUAAAAAUAUUAAGGCUAAUCCAGAAAUAGCCAAGUUUCGAAGUAAAGGCAUUGAUCCUGAGUUGGAAGACAUAUUGGGAUUAUUAUUUGAUGGUACUGUUGCUAAAGGAGAUGAUAUGUGGUCCCCCUCGGCUGGUUGUCCUCCACGACGAUUCUUUGAAGCUUCAUCAAAUUCCCAGGUUCCGUCGGUAGAGGUUAAUAUUCAUACUACUCCUUGUAACGAAGGUAUUGUUGAUUUAUGCAUCCCAGAUCUAAAUGAUGACCAAGAAAAUGAAGGAACUAGAGAGGGUGAUACUGGUUUUGAAAUGAAUGAGAAUCCUUUAAAAAGACGAGCGAGUGGCUCAUCAUCUGCGCAAAAGAGAAAGUUGUGCAAGAAAAAAAAGGGAGGAGUUUCUAUGUUGUCAAUAAAAAUAGAUGAAAUUAAGGAAGAAUUUGAUAAGCAUUGAGAAGCAAUCAUGUCCAGAGUUAGCAGGUUGCCUCCUACUAUUUCUGAAGCAGUUGACGUGCUAAAAUCCAUGGAGAAUGACAUUCCACCUUAUAGCACUUUGUAUCGAUUUGCAACGAAGCUCUUCUUGAACAAGGACAAACGUGAAAUGUUUAUGGCUCUAAACCAUUAUGACUCUAGACUAUGGUAUUUGAAAGUUGAAGAAAGUGAAGCAACAGCGAAUGAAGCUCAGACUUUUACUAGUUUAUUAGGAAACAAUCAUUUCAAUUUUUCUUCGUAGGUGUGUAAGGUUUUGUUUUCUAGGUUGGAGAACUAUAACAUGGUGACUUAAUUUCUUUUCAACAGUCUUAAUUGCCUAGACAUCUCGUUUAGAAUAAGAUAUUUGAUUUUUA